UGUUCGCAGGUUUUACUGUACAUAUAAUUUAAUUAAAUUGUGCACUUUUCAGGUACAGAUGAUCAAGGGCCAGAUGGAGAACGUCAAAAUGAUCAGAAAGAUUCACAGGAUGACAUCACCCCUGAGUAUUCAGACAAGGCCUAUACAAUUUCUGAAAAAAGUGAAACCACUAGUAUUGAACUUGAGAAUUCUAUUGCUAUUUCAUCACUCGUGGGUAAUGGUACUGUAGUCCAAUCUGUCACUCAAUUAUCAGAUUACAAUCAUGGUGACAAGAUUGAUGAAAGUUCAUCUGCAACUGACUAUGUUAAUGGUAGCGAGCCAUAUGGCAAACUUGAUAUUGACUCAGACUCAACAUCUAUGAACUCGCAUUCAGAAUUGGACUCUGACGGUUAUGAAAAUAUAUUUUCUGACUCUGAAUUUGAUUCUUAUAGUGAUUCAAGCAUAUACAGUUGUUCAUCUGAUUCGGAGACUGAACGCACAUCCUGUUCAGAAAUUGAAAAUGACUCACUUGAUCUUGACAAAGAUAUAAUUGGCAGUGAUGUGUAUUUAAAGAUACUGUCAUGUUUUAUUCGCAAUGAACUUUCAGCUACAGCUUGCAAAGAUGUGUUACAAACAUUUCAGAAACUAACUCCAGAAUCUCAGGUUUGGAAUCAAAUAUCAUAUGACAAGAUAUGGAGCAUAGUGGAUAAUGUUACCAAGCAAAUUCAUUAUUGCCCAGAUUGUAGCAGGAUAUUUCCCGAGGAUGACGUUGACUGUGUGGAAUGUCCGUGUGGUGGUCUAAGAUAUAUUGGUACAGCAGAGGAACAGAGAAAAGCUAAUCGACAACCAUGCAAAAAGUUUGUGUUUCUUGAUCCAAAGAAAUACAUAAAGGACCUACUUGAGCUACCAGGUAAAGUAUUAUUGGAAUGUUUCAGUUCAAUUGAAUAAUUUGGCAUUAUUUUCUAAAAUCCUACUUUUCAAGAUGGCCACUGAAUUUCAAAAUGGCGGCC